UUCACACACUCCAGGGUGUGGGGCCAUCCCGGAGCUUGGUCAAUCCAUCAGGAGCUGAGUCCUUAAAAAAUAUUGACUGCUCCUCCUCCGGAAGCUGUCAACUCUCCCUGGCUCCUCCCUUCGAGGUGGGGCUUAUGAGGUCGAAUGCUGAUUGGCUUGAUCCUCCGCAGGCCCUAUGCAGGCCACUACAGCUGGGUCCAGGACUUCAGGAUCUGUUCUUAGAUGCACCAAAGACUACUAGACAACCUUUGUUAUUAAGAGAAGAGAAAUGGUUUCUUAGGAAGCACGGCUUCAUCAUGCAGGAGUUUAUGAUUUGUGUCCAGCUCGAUGAUUUAGAAAGGAAGAGGACCAGGCCUUUCCUGAGUCAGAAGUUUUCCUCAAACCAUUACAAAAUAACAAUUAUGACUCCCCACUUCUUAUUUUUAUUGCUGGCUUGAAAAAGAUGACUCUACAAUGCUUACACCAGGAGGAGAUUAUUCUACAAAUAAGGGCCCAGCAUGACAUUUAUGAGAAAGCCAGGGUCCUCCUGCGCGAAGCUGAUUGGUGCUCAGCCAAUGGGCUCUAGGAUGUUCCAAUAAAAGCUGCUUACUGCCCUGGGCUGGACAGAUGCAGGGCAGGGGGUCAGCUCUGCCUCUGGACCCUGGGGAAAUGCCCACCGCCUCUCUGAACAGCACACAUCUGUGGCCUGCAAAGAGAAGUCAGACCUUGAAGAUGAAACAUCUGCUUCCCCAGUUCCCUUCCAUCCUGGCUAUCUACUGCUUCUGCAUGCUGCAGAUUCCCUCCCCAGGAGUUUCUCAACCCUUAGCUGAUUCUCCAGAUGGCUUAGAUGUUGUGGAGCUUGAGCGACUGGUAUACUGUCUGAACCAGUGGGAAACACUUUCUAGCCAACCUAAGAAAAACCAGGAUAUAUACAAAAGGUUCUUAUUUCACUACUCCAGAACACAGAAGCCAAGGCAUCCAGUUAACCCUGAGUUUGCACCCGUGCAUCCCUUGAUGCGCCUGGCUGCCAAGCUGGCCAGCAGAAGGAUGAAAAGAUGGCCGCCUCCAGACUCCAGGACUGCUGCUGUGGACUUUCCUAAGAAGGCAUGUGAACCUUGUGAGAAUACUGAUUUCCAGAAAGCUCUAGAAAGAAGGACAGGGAAGUGCCUGGAACCUGCAACUUUCCCAGUCUUAUUUGGAUAGGAUAGAUCUUCCCCCCAGGGGAUCCUGAAUAUCUUCUCUAAGCAUUGAAGUUGGGGAUCCCUGGGCUUAUCCUGAGGUAGAAAGUGAUUAUGGAAAGAUGGCGUUAAUGUUUCACAUGGUUAAUAUUUCAUUUCUAGUCUCUCAGAUGGGUCACUUCGGCCAUCUGUGACUAGGGACUUGUCCUCUCUGGUUCAGGGACCCACAUGCCAUUACGCAAACUUGAGAGAGGAAAAAUAUUUCUGGCAGUGCCAACCCAUAAACCAGGGAAUCACAGACUAGAGCAUGCCUUAGAAUCUGGUUAAAAUUGGGAUAGCUGGGCUCUACCCUGAGAUUUAAUAGGUCUGAGGUGGACUUUGAGAAUUUUCAUUAAUAACAAGUUCUCCAGAUAUCUUUAUGCUGCUGGUCUGGGACCGUUCUUUUUGAAACCUUCUCCGAGGAUGUUUCUUUGACUUAGAAUGUGAUUGCAUAA